CAUCCAAGGGAUCUAUUAGGUGGAUUGGGAUCAAGGCUCUUGUGCCCAAACAAGUUCAAGGCUCUAUUUGAUCCCAGAUUCCCAGCUCAUCUAUCAAAUUUGUUAUAUAUAUAUAUAUAUAUAUUUUAGAAUUUUGGAAAUUAUUUUCUUAAUCUAAUAACCAAAUAAGGGGAUUGGUUAAUGAUGGGGUGUAGGAGCAGGGAUGUUGUGUUAACUUGUUUAUUAAUAGGCCUCCUUCUAUGGAGCGCUGACGCCAGAACCCCUGGAGGUUCAAAAGAAUCAAAAGAAAAUAAGAAAAAGUCAACUCUAAGUAAAGACAAAGCUCCGAAGGCAGCAAAAGCUCCGAUGGAAUCAUCCGGAAGUGUACCUUCAGCGGCGACACCAGAAGCAUCUCCAAACACGCCAGAAGCAUCUCCAGCAACGCCAGAGGCAUCUCCGGUGACGCCAGGUACGGCAGAUCCACAAGGUACAUUGUUCGAUGUGACCAAGCAUGGAGCAGUUGGCGAUGGGAAGACGGAUAAUAAUAAGGCAUUUGCUGCUGCAUGGGCUGCUGUCUGUAAGUCGUCGUCGACGGGUCCAUCAACCUUCUUGGUCCCAAGAGGAGACUUCCUUCUUAGUCCAAUAAUUUUCGCUGGUCCUUGCAGCGACAAGGCUUUAUCUCCUAGUGUUAUAAUUAGGGGCAAAUUAAUAGCUUCCACCUCGGACUCCUCUGCUUCUAAAAGUUGGAUCACAUUCCAAAACUUGGGCCAGUUGCACGUCAGUGGAGCUGGAACCGGUUCGCUCGAUGGUAAAGGAGAAACCGCUUGGGCUAAUGCUUGUCGUCACAGUGCCAAUAAACAAUGCUCAUUGCCCCCAGCGAACUUGAAAUUGGAGGGAAUUACAGGUGGAUCCUUGAACGAUAUAAUUUCGGUGAAUAGUCAAGGUUUUCAUUUUCACAUUAGCAACUCCAAAGACUUCAACAUUCAUGAUUUCAAGAUCAAUGCUCCUGGAUUCAGCCCAAACACAGAUGGUUUGCACAUCUCCAAUUCAGCCAGCGUCUCCAUCACUAACGCCGAAAUUGGAACCGGUGAUGAUUGUGUGUCCAUUGGAGCGGGUACCUCCAACAUUUCGGUUACCAAUGUCAUUUGUGGACCAGGUCAUGGUAUCAGUGUGGGAAGCCUUGGGAAAUAUCCAAAUGAAAAGGAGGUGAAUGGUUUAUUGGUGAAGAACUGUACCCUUGCCAGCACCACUAAUGGUGUUAGGAUCAAAACAUGGCCAGGAUCACCAGAUAACACAGUUACUAAUGUUAGAUUUGAAGAUAUUACAUUGACAAAUGUGUCAAACCCCAUCAUCAUCAACCAAAACUAUUGUGACAAGAAGGCAUGCGAAUCUACGCCCUCGCGUGUGAAGCUCACUGACAUUCACUUCAAGAACAUCAAGGGUACAACCUUCGGCAAAACUGGAGUUACCCUCACAUGUAGUAAAGGUGUACCAUGCGAGAAGGUAGAGCUGGUUGAUAUUGACUUGAAGCCUUCCACGGCCGCUGGCGACUUGGCUUCAACUUGUGAGAAUGUGAAUGGGGUUACUACUACUGGCGUUCUGAACCCUAAACCACCAUGCGCAUGAGUUCCCCUUGUUGUACAUUAAUUCAUUAUUGUGUUUAAUUGGUUUCAGCUGCAAGUUGUCCCUUUCCACCCUGGGUUAGGUUGUGUCGUUCUAGGUUUCGACCCCUCCCGGUUCCCGCCAACCAUGCAGGACCUAUAUAUGAAGGGACAAAUUAUAAAUCAUCUCAGACUGAUUGCUUCAAGCCUAGCUUGAACCAAACACAAGUGUAAUUAGAUAGAUGAGCUAUUCUUGCUGCUUGAUUCAAAAUUUAAUAAUAUUAUUAAUCAAAUCUUUGAUGAUA